AUGGCUAGUUCAUAUCCAGAUGGUGGACCAGUCCUAUACCAGUUUAACUCCAGACAUCACGCCCGCUACAUCUCACCUCUCCAGUCACCACGCCACUACGCCACCACCGACCCCUCGAGUCUACGCAGCCCGGUGUCCGUCUGUGUCUUGUCGUCGGGCGUGACGUGCAGCAAAGGCGGUAACAGCAACGGGAAGUUUUAUCUACGUGAUGGAGGUUUUUCGUGCGGCGAGGUGACGUGCCGCUGCUGUGAGAUUAGCGGACCACCCCACCCCACUCUACAGCCACAGCACAGCGGAGAGUCACCACGCCACUACGCCACCACCGACCCCUCGAGUCUACGCAGCCCGGUGUCCGUCUGUGUCUUGUCGUCGGGCGUGACGUGCAGCAAAGGCGGUAACAGCAACGGGAAGUUUUAUCUACGUGAUGGAGGUUUUUCGUGCGGCGAGGUGACGUGCCGCUGCUGUGAGAUUAGCGGACCACCCCACCCCACUCUACAGCCACAGCACAGCGGAGAGUCACCACGCCACUACGCCACCACCGACCCCUCGAGUCUACGCAGCCCGGUGUCCGUCUGUGUCUUGUCGUCGGGCGUGACGUGCAGCAAAGGCGGUAACAGCAACGGGAAGUUUUAUCUACGUGAUGGAGGUUUUUCGUGCGGCGAGGUGACGUGCCGCUGCUGUGAGAUUAGCGGACCACCCCACCCCACUCUACAGCCACAGCACAGCGGAGAGUCACCACGCCACUACGCCACCACCGACCCCUCGAGUCUACGCAGCCCGGUGUCCGUCUGUGUCUUGUCGUCGGGCGUGACGUGCAGCAAAGGCGGUAACAGCAACGGGAAGUUUUAUCUACGUGAUGGAGGUUUUUCGUGCGGCGAGGUGACGUGCCGCUGCUGUGAGAUUAGCGGACCACCCCACCCCACUCUACAGCCACAGCACAGCGGAGAGUCACCACGCCACUACGCCACCACCGACCCCUCGAGUCUACGCAGCCCGGUGUCCGUCUGUGUCUUGUCGUCGGGCGUGACGUGCAGCAAAGGCGGUAACAGCAACGGGAAGUUUUAUCUACGUGAUGGAGGUUUUUCGUGCGGCGAGGUGACGUGCCGCUGCUGUGAGAUUAGCGGACCACCCCACCCCACUCUACAGCCACAGCACAGCGGAGAGUCACCACGCCACUACGCCACCACCGACCCCUCGAGUCUACGCAGCCCGGUGUCCGUCUGUGUCUUGUCGUCGGGCGUGACGUGCAGCAAAGGCGGUAACAGCAACGGGAAGUUUUAUCUACGUGAUGGAGGUUUUUCGUGCGGCGAGGUGACGUGCCGCUGCUGUGAGAUUAGCGGACCACCCCACCCCACUCUACAGCCACAGCACAGCGGAGAGUCACCACGCCACUACGCCACCACCGACCCCUCGAGUCUACGCAGCCCGGUGUCCGUCUGUGUCUUGUCGUCGGGCGUGACGUGCAGCAAAGGCGGUAACAGCAACGGGAAGUUUUAUCUACGUGAUGGAGGUUUUUCGUGCGGCGAGGUGACGUGCCGCUGCUGUGAGAUUAGCGGACCACCCCACCCCACUCUACAGCCACAGCACAGCGGAGAGUCACCACGCCACCACCGACCCCUCGAGUCUACGCAGCCCGGUGUCCGUCUGUGUCUUGUCGUCGGGCGUGACGUGCAGCAAAGGCGGUAACAGCAACGGGAAGUUUUAUCUACGUGAUGGAGGUUUUUCGUGCGGCGAGGUGACGUGCCGCUGCUGUGAGAUUAGCGGACCACCCCACCCCACUCUACAGCCACAGCACAGCGGAGAGGUU